AUGGCAGGCGAGAAUCCAGACUGGCAGCCGGUGCCCAUCUCGCUGCGGCCCAUCUUUCGACUCUCCUGCCCCGUGGAAACGGCUCACGUCGUCGGUGAUUCGGGCGAGGGGUUGCGCAAGAUCGUUCCCAUCCCCGCAGGCGGCGUCAUGACCAGCGAUACAAUCCCCGCCUUCGACGGUGCGACGGGCAUGCCUGGUGGUAGCGACUACUUCCGCACCGACCGCUUCGGCAAGACUCGCCUCGACGCCAGGUACUUCUUCCAGCUCAAAUCAGGUCACAACCUCUUCUUUCAGUCGUCCGGCAUCCGCUUCGUGCCAGAAACAUAUCCCGACCAGAGCGCAAAAUACGCCCUCCUGGCAGGCCAAGACAUCGACCCAAGCAAAUACUACUUUCGGCUCAAACUCAUGCUCGAAUGCGACGACCCGGAUGCGCUGGUGCAGGACGCAGUGAACAAGAUCGUCAUUGCCAGCGCUGUACGUCAUCCGGAUAGCGUCGUGUACCAGGCGUAUGUUGUAGAGUAG